AUGGCCGCCAAGACCGACGCCAACUGCAUCUUCUGCAAGAUCAUCGCGGGCCAGAUUCCGUCGCUCAAGCUGUACGACUCGGACAAGACCUACGCCUUUCUCGACAUUGGACCCAUCUCGGAGGGCCAUGCGCUGGUGAUCCCCAAGUACCACGGCGCCAAGCUGCACGAUGUGCCGGACGAGCACCUGACUGAGCUGCUUCCCGUGGCCAAGAAGAUCGCCAUCGCAACGGGCGCAGACCAGUACAACAUCCUGCAGAACAACGGCCGCAUGGCGCACCAGAUGGUCGACCACGUUCACUUCCACGUCAUUCCCAAGCCAGACGAGAAGCAGGGUCUUGGUGUCGGCUGGCCCGCUACGCAGCCUGCCAAGGAAGAGCUGUCCAAGCUGCACGACACGAUCAAGGGCCGUCUGGAGAAGCUCUAA